AUGGCGCAACCAGCCAAAGUCGCCCUCGUGACCGCCUCCUCCGCCGGCCUCGGUGCCGCCAUAGUCCACGCCCUAGCCCCCCACUACCGCGUCGUAGUCAACUACUUCUCGCGCCAGGAGAAAGCCGAAGCCGUGAUCAAAGCCGCCUCGGAGACCAAGCCCCUUUAUCAGCUCAAGGAACCCCGCUUCCACGCAAUCAAAGCCGACGCGUCCUCCCGCCCAGCCCUCGAGUCCCUCGUCGCCGAAACCGUCUCCGCCAUGGGCCGGCUCGACGUCGUCGUCUCCAACAAUGGAUGGACUCGACUCACUAACUUCUUCGAUUUGGAUGAUCAGGUAAGGGAGGAGGAUUGGGAUCGUUGUUUCAACGCGAAUGUGAAGAGUCAUUUGUGGUUGCUGUAUGCUGCGAAGCCGCACCUGGAGAAGAGUGAGGGCGGUGGGGCGUUUGUGACGGUAGCGAGUCUGGCGGGGGUGAGGCCGAGUGGGAGUAGUCUGCCGUAUAGUGUGACGAAGGCGGCGGAGAUUCAUUUGACGAAAGGGUUGGCGAUGAUUUGUGGGAAGGCUGUGAGGUGUAAUUCUAUUUCGCCGGGAUUGAUGAUGACUGAGUGGGGCGAGCGGUUUCCGAAGGAAAAGGUUGAGGCCACGAAAGCGAAGUCGGCACUCAAGGACACAGCUGAUCCGGUGGAUGUGGCGGAGCAAGUCAGGACACUGGUGAUGAGCAAGAGCAUAACUGGACAGAAUAUCGUUAUAGAUUGCGGAAUUGCGAUCUAG